AAGAAGGGGUAUUUUUCAAUGAUUAAUGAUUAAGCCAAUAAUACAUGCAAGAGUUACAAAUAUAAGUAUCACGCAUAACAGCCUCAUAAUCGCAGCUGCUUAAUACGUUGAUCAUGGAGUUACUCACCGGAAUUUUUCUAAGUCUUUUCGUCACCAUAGUCUUGUUUAAAGCUCUAACAAACUUCAUCUCAAAAAGAACCAAAACCAGAGCCACUCCAUUAAUAAAGCUUCCUCCAGGUCCAUCACCUUUACCAAUAUUAGGCAACCUUCUUCAACUAGGUGACCAACCACACAAAUCUUUAUCCAAACUGGCUAACAUUCAUGGACCAUUGAUGACUCUUAGACUCGGUCAAAUUACUACAGUCGUCAUUUCUUCUGCAGCUAUAGCCAAACAAAUCCUCCAAACACUCGAUCUAAAUUUUUCCGACCGAAGCCGGCCGCAAGCAAUCCAAGCUCACGAUCAUCAUUUAGUUUCCGUGGCUUGGAUGCCAGCUGGACCUUCGUGGCGGAAUCUUCGAAAAAUUUGCAAUUCUUAUCUCUUUUCGGUUCAAAGACUCGGUUCUAAUGAGGAUCUUCGUUAUAGGAAAAUUCAAGAACUUCUUGCAGAAGUUCGAGAAAAUUGUUUGAUCGGUGCUGCACUUGAUAUCGGGAAAUUAGCUUUUAAAGCUACGCUAAAUGUGUUGUCGAGUAAUAUAUUUUCUUUGGAUUUGAGUGAUGACUCGGAUUCGGAUUUCGUAAAUGAGUUCAAGGAGGUCGUGAGGUGCGUUAUGGAUGAAGUUGGAAAACCUAAUGUAGCUGAUUAUUUCCCGUUGCUAGCGAAGAUUGAUCCGCAGCGUUCGAAGCAUCGGAAUACAGUCAACAUUGGGAGGAUUCUUGAUUUGUUUGAUCGGAUAAUUGAUCGGCGUUUGCAGCUUAGGGAAGCAGAGGAUUAUGUCUCAACCAACGACAUGCUUGAUACUCUCCUUGUCCUAGUAGAAGACGAUAAUUCGGAGAUGGAUAGAAAUUCCAUGAAGCAUUUGUUCUUGGAUUUAUUUGCCGGCGGAACUGAUACAACUUUAAGCACAUUGGAAUGGGCAAUGACAGAAUUACUCCGCAAUCCAAAUGCUUUAUCAAAAGCCAGAGCUGAGAUUAAGCAGACUAUAGGCAAAACCAGCUCACUACAUGAAUCACACAUAGCUCAAUUACCUUACUUGAAAGCAAUUAUCAAAGAAACUUUUAGAUUGCACCCCCCAGUUCCCUUAUUGCUCCCUCGCAAAGUAGGACAAAAUACAGAAACUAAUGGGUACAUGAUUCCCAAGGAUGCUCAAGUGCUCAUCAAUGUCUGGCAUAUAGGCAGAGACCCGACUCUAUGGGAAGAUCCUGGAAUUUUUCGACCGGAAAGAUUUUUAAAGUCGAAUAUUGAUGUUAAAGGGCAAGAUUUUAAGCUUAUACCAUUUGGCGGUGGUCGGAGAAUUUGCCCCGGGUUGCCAUUAGCGACGAGAAUGUUACACUUAAUGCUGGGAUCACUUGUUCACUCAUUUGAUUGGAAACUUGAAGAUGGUGUUACACCAGAAAAUAUUGACAUGGAAGAAAAAUUUGGCCUUACUUUAGAAAAGGCUCAACCUCUACGAGCUAUACCAAUUCAAGUAUAAUUCACUUUUUUUAAUGUUUUAAAAAUACCAUAUUUUUUUGUGUGAGGUAAAUUUCAACCAAAACUUUAAAAAAUAAAGUUUUAGCCAAUUUUUUUAUGAGUACAUUAAAAUUCUAGCCAGUUACUCAUUCUUUCUAAAAGAAAUAUCAAAAAAAAUUAAUUUAUUUUAAUCAUGACUAUUUCGUAAUUUAUAUCCUAAUUAUAAUAAGUAUUUUUCAAAUAAAAAAUUAAAUUUGGUUAGAAUUGAAAAUAUUAUAAAAAAUUUGUAUAUUUCAAAAAAGAAUGAGUGAUUGGCUAAAAUUAAAAUGUAUUUAUUUAAAAUUGCUAAAAUUAGUGUUUUUUAACGUUUUGAUUAGAAUUGACAUCAUCCGAAAAUAUUUGAUAUUUCUAAGACAUUAAACUUUUUUUACACACUGGUUUGUUGUGCAUGUGCGUUGCAAGUGGUUUAUAUUUAAAAUCGUUAUGUUUUAA